CUGCAUAGGUUUUAAGAGCAAAAAGUGAAGAAUAAGUUACUUGAAUUACUUUGUUUCGAUUUUAGUCACAUUUUAAGUAGGACAUUUUUUCAGUUCUUGUAAAGUCAGAACAUUUUAGUUGAAUAUAGGUUUUCCUUUCUGAUUUAAACUCCAACUCAGAAGAUGGCGGUAAUACACUUUUAAAACCGUUUGGCAACUGCCAGUAUAAUCUAUGAAGAAGAAGGAGAAGCGCGAUUGGCUGAGUUACCAGUGACGUCAGUCAGACUUCAGCCCAACGUACGCAGUCAGAUCAGAGGCGUCAACAUGGCAGCCAUAGAUGUCAUUGUGGAGCAGUUGGUGUCAUUAUGGAGGAUACCGGCGGUCAGACAGUUUUUUCCCUGGUUAUUUUUACUCAUUUCUUUACUGGGGUCCAUUCUGAAGGAACUGGACUUGGUUCCGCAGUCCUACUUCAGCAGCAGCAAGAACUUCGUCAACUUGUAUUUCGUCAAAGUCUCCUGGGGAUGGACGCUGCUGCUGCUCACGCCUUUCCUCCUCUUCUCCAGCUCUGCCAACCAGAGCCUCUCCGCCCUGCUCAAACGCCUGCUGGCGUUAGCCGUAGCAACAGCUGUGUGGUACGUCUGCACUGGGACCUUCCUCUACAUCGAGGAUGUGACGGGCUCUUGCUUUGAAAGCCAAACCGCUCACAUUGCUAACAAGCUCACUUCGAAAGCUGCCUGCAGGGGGGCCGGCUUCCACUGGCAGGGCCACGACAUCUCGGGCCACUCGUUCAUCCUCUGCUACUCCUCCCUGCUCAUCAUGGAGGAAACGUCCGCCAUGACGGUGCUGAAGACGACCGGGCUGCACAGGACGCUGCUCAACCUGCUGUACGUGGCCUUGAACCUGAUUGUGGCGACGUGGGUGUGGAUGUUUGCCUGCACCUCCGUUUACUUUCACGACCCGAAGGAUAAGCUGCUGGGGACCGCGUGCGGGCUGCUGGGGUGGUACCUGACGUACCGGUACUGGUACCAGAAGCCUUUCUCACCGGGCCUGCCGCUGCAGCGCCAGCAGAAAGAACAGAAGCAGCUCGCCUGAGGCACACCGCUGAUUUUACAAGCUUCAUUAAACCAUAGGUAAUUUAUAUCCGGGUCCAAGCUGGACAUGAAACUUGAAGACGUGUCAAGUUUUUCCAUCCUGACAGGAAGGCUGCUUUGUUUGAAAACACAAAAUCAUAUCAAGGAUUUUGGUCCAGUUUCUAGUGAAAAUAUCUUAGUACACUGGAAAUAAGACGAAAUUAACUUACGAGCAACGUUUCGACAAGAAACAGGAGCUUGUUUUAAGUCGCUAUUUCCUUAAUAUUUCUGAAAAAGUUCUCGUUCCAUUUUCAGAUUAUUUCAUUAUAACAUUUUUCCCAUGUUACAAGAGAAAUAAUCUACCAAAAGUGUCGACUCUUGGGGUCAGAGGUUAAGCGUUUGUACUGAAUAAAGAUGCAGUUCAAGAAGAACGCUCCACUGUGUCAGAAACAUCUGCAUGUUUUCACUUACUUUGUUUUUAAAUUUCAUUCACCUCAGUUAGAGGAAUCGGUUUAGAAAUGAUUUGGAAAGUGUGCCAAAAAUGAAAUGAAUUAAAAAUAUUUGAGAAGACUAAAAAAACAAAAAGGCAAACAAAACAUUAUUUAAAUACAGUUUAGCUUAAUUUGUAGCACACACUACUGUUUGUCUGCAUUUAUUCAAAAAGUGCCAUCAUUUGAGGUUGUUUGCCAUUGAUGCUGAAUGUUGAAAGCUACCUUGAUAAUCCUGCAAACAGGAUUUAAUUUAGCUGCUUUUUCUAAGUUUAAUAACAUACAGAAUGUCAUUUUACAGAUGUUUGCAACAAAGUACUUAACCCUCCCCCAGAACAUGGCUUAAAAAGGUAGAAAAGCAACAAUUUGUGCCUCUAAAUGUCUACAAUGAUGUCCAACAAAAGUGUUUCUUUAAAGUGCAUGUUAUUUAUUUUUACUGCCUUUAUUUGUACUUACCUCAUGUAUUCAACACAUGUUUAGUUCAGUGGCUGCUAUUUUCUAAACCGCAGCACAGAAAGAAUGAAAGCAUUUCUAAUAAAGCUGCAGCAUGUUUUUAUUCUGGGAAGCUAAAAUUAAAAGUUUGAAAUGUUAUCAGAUAUUCAAGUUUUACAAAUCAACUUUAAAUGAUUUGUCUGCACUUCAUGAAUAAAAACACUAAUGUUUUCUGAGAAGAGAAGAAGAAAAGAUGCAGCAGCCAUAUUGUUUUUUUCAGCUUUAUAUUCAGAAUAUUUAACUUCCGACAACAAAUGGGAUGCAUAAGUGUAAAUCCAAUAAAAGAUGCAAAUUUUUAUAUCAAAUAAUCAUGCCGUUUUAAUUGUAUCUAAUAAUUGUUGUAAAAAAAAUUCUGGUACGAGUGAUUUUUAAAUAUUUUUUAUUGUUUUAUGAAAUAAUUUCUGGAUCCCUGAUUUUGUUUUUUCAAAUCCUUGGGUUUGGAAAUCACCGUGUUAGUCCAAGCCUGCUGCCUCCUGUUUAAAUGCUUUUAUGUCUGUGUGUUUGUAUGACAGCUGCCAUUAUCAGACGCUUUGCCGUAUAUAAGUUAGUUAAUUUUAACAUAUUUAUCUUUUCAGAGGGAACCAAGUGUUGACGCACAAAGUUUUAGGGUGCUGGGUAUCCGAUUGUCAUCUUCUUUCUUUAAAAUUCAUAUUUAAGAAAAGAAAACGAGGAACAAAAUGUAUUUCCUGUAAGCAUUUCUGUUUUUAAGCUUCUGUUAGUGUAACUUACAUCACUACCUGUAGUUUCCAGGUGUCAAUUUUAUUGAAAUUAAAAAAUAACUAAAUAAAAAACAGUU